UCGGCGCGUGCGCAUUCCGCCAGUCGGCGCCGCGCGUGCGUGUCGCGAGUGAUGACCAGUGCUGUGUUGUGCUCGCAAUCGAAACAAUGCUGCUGUUCGUGAUACCUAUCCUGCUCCUGAGCUCCGGAGUCAACUCCCAAGGCAACUACUAUCCACCGAAAAAGUCAGCCGCUUCCGAAUCACAAGUGCGCUUCGCAAUAGAGAACAAAUACGACGACACUGGCCCGGGGGCGAAGAAGCCCGAAUUCGCGUACAAAACAUACAGGACGCUAGAAGAAGCGCUGACUGGAUACCUGGAUGACCCAGACACAAAGCUGCCUAGACACGAGCGAGCGAAAGCUGAGCAGAAGUUAAUAGGUUCCCAGAAACUGGCAUAUCGUCAGUUCAGCAAGGAAAUGCCAGUGUUCCCGAAUGCGCCUUCUUUUGGCAAGAACCUAUACAAUUCUGACGUGAGCGUUCAAGUGCUGCAUCCAAGCCACCACCAGCAGUUGGGGUACCUGAAGAGUAUCGAGCUGGAGAAGCCCAAGGAUCCCUUCAGGUUCCACAAGCUGCAGGCGGUGAAGGGCAGCCCUCUGAACCUGGCGCACUUCACCAGGGACGCGCAGGCCGACCACGAGUUCAACCCUAACCCGCAGUACACCUUCUCUUAUGGCGUAAAUGACAAACUGACCGGCGACUCCAAGUCGGCUCACGAGACCAGGGACGGAGGCACUGUCCAAGGGUUCUACUCCUUCAGAGACGCUGACGGCAAGCAACGCACAGUCCAGUACACUGCUGACGAUAAGCGAGGCUUCCGCGCCAUCGUCAGGCGGACUGACGACCAUAGUCAAUAAGCCAACAAGGGCUAGUCAGUAUUCGGUACGCAGGGAUCAGCAUCACCAAGACAGCCAUAUUUUGUAAGAGGAAUAAGUUACCAUAAAGACAUGAAUCAUACAAGCACUAUGUAAGAUUAAAGCUUUAAAUAAUGCUGUUAAAAAUUAGACCUUGAAACUUUUGUGCAAAGCAUUUUAGGAUAUUAAUAAAAACUAAAACAACUGCAACAGCACCAAGGAAACAGACCUUGAUGCCUUUUAAAGAAGACGCUACUCCCACACUUUAAUAAGGUAAUAAAACUCGACCAUGGUUAUCAAAUUCAAAAGGAAUCUAAUGCUCGUAUUCACAAACCAUGUUUGCUUAAGUGAAGCAGAAUAUCGAACGCACAGCGUUGAAUAGGGCUAGUAAUGUUUGUGAAUACGGGCGUAAAAGAAAUAUAUCAGGGUCUAUUCUCAACAUGGUCUCAAUUUUAACGGUGGUUAAAGUCCUUGUCAACCUAUCUAUACAGUGUUUAAUGCUGAUAAAUUAAGAAUCAUUGCACUGCUAUUAAGUAAUAUCCAAAAAAAACCCACCAAGGUAUCAUCCAUCAGUUAAAUUAUGCAGAACAAAAAAAAAUAGCACGAUACAGUUUUUUAUGCCGCUUAUUGAGGUAACGCUAUACGAAGCGAAGAAAGGUAGUGAAAACACAAGAAACACUUGGAGUUAAUUAUUCUAUACCUAGAUUGUUAAUGCCAAAAGAAGUUUUAUAAAAAGCACUCGGUAAAUUA